AUGAAUGAUGAAAUUAGAAAACAUUGGUUUGCCAAUUGCAGAUCAAUUUCAGAGUUUGAAAGAUUGGAUAAACUUGGAGAAGGAACUUAUGGCACUGUCUAUGCUGCCAAAGAUAAAAAGAAAAAUUAAGUAGUUGCUAUCAAAAAAGUUAAAAUUCAUGAUAGUAAUGAAGGAUUCCCUAUAACAUGUUUAAGGGAAAUCAAAAUAUUGUAAAGAUUAUCAGCACAUCCAAAUGUUGUCAAUUUAUUAGAAGUAGCUGUGGGACCAAUUAAAGAUAGCAUUCAUCUUGUAUUUGAAUACUGUGCCAUAGACUUAGCCAUUUUAGUAGAUAAUAUGUUCAUAGAUAAUUAUUCUUUUCGUGAAAAUGAGAUUAAAUGCAUAGUCCUUUAGCUCUUAAAUGGACUUGCCUACAUCAACUCCAACUUCAUUUUACAUCGAGACAUCAAAUUGUCUAAUCUCUUAUUGACUAAUGAUGGCAUUGUUAAAAUUGCAGAUUUUGGUCUGGCCAGAGAAUAUGAAAUCCCAUAAAAAAAGUACACCAAUCCAGUGGUCACUCUUUGGUACAGAGCCCCAGAACUUCUGUGUCAGAUGAACAACUAUAACACUGCCAUCGAUAUAUGGUCAGUUGGUUGUGUUUUUGCAGAACUAAUCAAUCGAGGGUUCCCAAUUCUCUAAGGUAAAUCUGAAAUUCAUCAAUUGCAAUUAAUGUGUGAAAUGUUAGGAUAUCCAAAUGCUUCAGUUUGGCCAGACUUACACAAAAAUGGCAAUAAAUAAAUCUUGAAAGAACUAGAAAAGUUUUAGCAUUGCCGACCAAAUCUAUAAAAUGUGAUUAAGGAUGCAUCACCUUAAGCCUUAGAAUUGAUCUCUAGAAUGUUAACUUGGGAUCCAGAAAAACGCAUAGGAGUUAUGGAAAGUUUAUUACAUGAAUAUUUCUACACCAAUCCUAGGCCAUCUAUGCCUGAAGAAUUAUCCAUUUUAAGACAAUUAGAUUAAUUUAAAAAGAAGAAUGCUGAUAAGGCUGAAAAAAAAAUUAAAAUUAAAUGAUUUCUUUAUAUUCUUUUGCAUUUUAUGUCUAGCAAGUAAAAUAAAUUAAUCA